AUGGCCAUUAUAUCUUCAUAUGAGCCAGACAUUCUAGAUGAGUCAGACAUUCUAGAUGAGCCAAACAUUCUAGAUGAGCCAAACAUUCUAGAUGAGUCAGACAUUCUGGAUGAGCCAAACAUUCUAGAUGAGCCAAACAUUCUAGAUGAGUCAGACAUUCUAGAUGAGUCAGACAUUCUAGAUGAGUCAGACAUUCUAGAUGAGUCAGACAUUCUAGAUGAGUCAGACAUUCUAGAUGAGCCAAACGUUAUAGAUGAGUCAGACAUUCUAGAUGAGUCAGACAUUCUAGAUGAGUCAGACAUUCUAGAUGAGUCAGACAUUCUAGAUGAACCAGACAUUCUAUAUGAGACAGACAUUCUAGAUGAACCAGACAUUCUAGAUGAGCCAGACAUUCUAGAUGAGUCAGACAUUCUAGAUGAGCCAGACAUUCUAGAUGAGUCAGACAUUCUAGAUGAGUCAGACAUUCUAGAUGAACCAGACAUUCUAGAUGAGCCAGACAUUCUAGAUGAGCCAGACAUUCUAGAUGAGCCAGACAUUCUAGAUGAGUAA